AUGACAACCCCGGAUAUCUAUCGAGAUGCGGAAUACAUCACUGACGUGUUCACCACGCCGUCUGGUGCUUCCGAGUACGACUUCGGGCAAGAUGCGCGCAUGAAGAAAGUCCAGGCGACUGCGAAGGUUGCGUUGAUCGACCGGGUGCUUCGCGAUUUGGAUAUACUGAUCUAUUGCGAGUUGUCUGCGCUAUAUUACAUGGACUGCUCGAUCCUGCUAUUUCUCCUCCGCGCUAUAAUCCAGCUUAUCUUCUUCACACCGAAAGCCUCCCCCUUCGACCCGACCCGCAAUCAACCGUACAUCGGCGCGAUAUUCACAAGCAACAUCAUCUGCAUGAUAUUCCACGCCUUCUUUACACAGCCGGAGAUAGAUGAGACGACACGGGGGUAUCUGCAUGGAGGGUUGUUUAUCGAUUUUAUUGGACAGAAGGGGCCGGUUUCGGUGGGGAGGUUGAUAUCGUUUGAUUUGUUGGUUAUGGUGGUUGAUUUUGUGAUGUUGGGGUUGGUUAUUGAGAGGGUUAGGACUGUGGAUUCGAUUUCGGAAUCACUGUCGCAGUCGCAGUCGGGGGAGACGGGUGCAGAGGCGGAGGCAGAGGCGCAGCAGGAUCAUGAUUCGGAGGAGAGGGGGGUUCUCCGGGGUCAGAACAGAGACGAUGGGAUUGAACUCGAUGAACUCGCGCGCAAUGAGCAUACACCAACACAACCACAUAAUCCUAAUACAACCGAUGACGACGAACGGACCAACCUCCUAACAGAACCCUCCUCCAAUGCGAAUACCAAACCUACCCACCCUCUUGACAUCUUCUCCUCCGGCGAAUACAUGCUCAUGGACCUCGGCUUAAUAGACAUCAUCCGCGACCAGUGGCGCUACAACCCUUCUUCAGUAUCUUCAAUAUCUUCAAGACGAUCACCGACUACUUCAUCUUCGAGAACUUCCCGGACUUCGCGUUACGCGCCGUCGGCGGAAACGGCUGCGUUUCUUAGAGAGCGGUUUGGGUUGCAGGUUAGUGUUGAUGGGAGGGUUGAACGGAUAGAGAGUUGA